AUGGAUAAGAACGGUUUUGUCAAAGAUGAUGCCGCGUACAGUGAUGCGAGCAAGGCGUUGACUUUCUUACAUAUGCCACCGACCAAGGUAUGCCUUCAUAUCGCCUGGUACUAUGCUCAUGUUGACCUUGAGCCGCAGUACCACAAUCCAAGCCUUACCAAGGAAGAGCAGGAGGUGACUGACCAGCUCUACCGUGGCUGGCUUCACUACUGGAACCAUGAGUCGCGCCAGGACUUUGCCAACGGCAUGAACGGAGCACGCCGCUUCUAUGACUUUGAAGACAUGCUUAGCUAUGACAUGUUUGGCAACACCAUCCGAGGCAGCUUCAAGGAGCACUUUGAGUCCAUCUUCCCAUACUGGAACGACGGGCACAUGGAGUACAAGGACUUUGAAGUCACUGCUCUGUCCAAGGAGUAUGCCUUCUCCACCAUGAUUCAACACACCUGGGGCACUGCCGGCGGGGUGCCGUUCGACACUGCUUUCAGGAGGACCGGAAUCGCGAGGAAGAAUAGCCAAGGCGAGUGGAAGUGGAUUCAUGAGCAUCUGAGCUUCCCCACCGAUAUGAAAACCAAGCAAGCCGACUUUACAGCCUCGCUCGACCCAGUCAAGGCGACCAAGCUGGCGUAG